AUGAUGUGUGCAGAUGUGCAGUCCCCGGCUCACCAGGGCAGGUUUAUUUGUAUCUACCCUGCUUAUUUUAGCAAUAAGAAGCCCAUAGCAGAGGGGAGGCCGAUUCCCUUAAGAAAGACUGUAGAAAACCCUACUGCUACUGAGAUUCAGGAUGUAUGCUCAGCAAUUGAGCUGAAUGCAUUUUUGGAGAAAAACAAAAUGCGCUCUGGAGAAUGGAGCUGUGAUGUUCAGUCCAGAGGCAGAGUCUGGGCACAGCUCAAACAGGAAGAUGGCAGCCUCUGUCCUGUACAGGUCCCGUCAGGUAAGUCAGUGAUGCUGUAUGUGGCAGGAACGAUAGCCAAGCUAAAAGCAUGA